UCCAUCCCUCAGUCAGACGGGGCCCGGAGACGCUUCUCGAAGGACCAUCACGAUGGCUGCCCAAGGAGAACCCCAAGUCCAGUUUAAACUCGUAUUGGUUGGUGAUGGUGGUACUGGAAAAACUACAUUUGUGAAACGUCAUCUGACUGGUGAAUUUGAGAAGAAGUAUGUAGCCACCUUGGGUGUUGAGGUCCAUCCCCUUGUGUUCCAUACUAACAGAGGACCCAUUAAAUUCAACGUGUGGGAUACAGCUGGUCAGGAGAAAUUUGGGGGACUGAGAGAUGGCUAUUAUAUCCAAGCCCAGUGUGCCAUUAUAAUGUUUGAUGUAACAUCGAGAGUUACUUACAAGAACGUGCCUAACUGGCAUAGGGAUCUGGUUCGAGUAUGUGAAAACAUCCCCAUUGUGUUGUGUGGCAACAAAGUGGACAUCAAGGACAGGAAAGUUAAGGCAAAAUCCAUCGUCUUCCACCGAAAGAAGAAUCUUCAGUACUAUGACAUUUCUGCCAAAAGUAACUACAACUUUGAAAAGCCCUUCCUUUGGCUUGCUAGAAAACUAAUUGGAGAUCCUAACUUGGAGUUUGUUGCCAUGCCUGCUCUUGCCCCACCAGAGGUUGUCAUGGACCCAGCUUUGGCAGCACAAUAUGAGCAUGAUUUAGAGGUUGCGCAGACAACUGCUCUCCCGGAUGAGGAUGACGACCUGUGAGAGAAUGAAGCUGGAGCCCAGCGUCAGAAGUCUAGUUUUAUAGGCAACUGUCCUGUGAUGUCAGUGGUGCAGCGUGUUUGCCACUUUAGCUAUAUAAUAAUCUUUGGGAUGCUGAAGGAGAUGAAUGGGCUUCGGAGUGAAUGUGGCAGUUAAAAAAAAACCUUCAUUUUUUUGGACCUGCAUAUUUAGCUGUUUUGGAACGCAGUUGUUUCCUUCCUGAGUUUCAAAUAUAAGACUGCUACAGUCACAUCACAAUAUUCAGUGGUGAAAUCUUGUUUGUUCCUGUCAUUCCCAUUCCUUUUCGUUUAGAACCAGAAUAAAGUUGUAUUUCAAAUACCUAAGCAAGUGAACUCAUCCCUUGUUUCUGAUUUUAAAACCACUACACAGGAAUUUGUGCCAGGUUACUGUUUAAAAAGGCUUCGUUAUUACCACUCAGAAACCUGUUAGGUUAAUUACUCCCUUCAUCUACUUUGUAUUGGAAUCCUCACAAGCUGGCUGGUAUGACAAAGGAUUUGAUAAGAAACGAAGUAUAAAUGUUAAGCUAAAACCCGUCUGUCUUCGUUUAGGCAAAAUAGUAUCACCUAUUGAAAAGCUUGUUUAUAUGUGAGCUGUCAGUAAAGGUGGUAUGUGGUUUGGAUAUUUCAGACGUUUUAAGAAUUACAGUUGCUUUUAUGGCAGAGGUAAUCCCGUGUUAAUGUAGAGCUUGAAGUUGGACAGAAUCGUACAGUUAGUUGACAGCAGGAACACAAGGGAAGUCUAAUCUGUUAAAUGCAUGUUUUUACUGUUUUUUGUUUUAAUGUUAAAUGCUUGGUGAAAAAUUGAUAUUCUAGGGAGAAGUUUCAUGUUUACCGCUGGCUCCAAGUAACCUGAAUCUUUAAACAUGUUUUGACUGACUGAGGAUUUUAGUUGGCCACACUAGAGCUUUUGAUCAUUUUUUCCCCCAGAGGCUUUUGUUGGCAGUUCAAGUAAAGAGACACAAAGACAAAAUAUGAUGGAGAGGUAGAGAUUAGAAUGGACUUCCCGGUAAUGUGCAGUUGAGACUGCAAACUACAUUUCUUUUAGCAGUUUAAACAUUUAUCUUUGCAUGGUGUCGCGUUGAAUAGGAAUUUGUCUGUCUUGCUGAAGGAGAGUUUGGCCCCCUCCACGCUAGAGGAAGCAAGAACCUUCAAGAGCUACUCCAGUUUGCCAAGGUUAUCUGAAGAUGUCCAGUUAUAUUUAGAUGAUUACUUUCCUAAUUUAAAGAAGAUAGGAAAGAAACUAAGACGUAAGUGAAACAGGAAUAGAAGGGUGAAGUUGAAUAAGCAGGUAUAGCUAGGUGAAUUCUUAUAAGUCUGAGCUGUGGAUGUGCUGUAUUCAAGAUCAGUUUUUAGUAGCCUGUGAGAUGUGAAAAGCUACAUACUAUAAUGAAGCUGUUUGUUCAUACCCUUUGAAUUUAAUAUGUAAAUGUGUAUGGCCUCAGAGAAUGCGAGUGUAGAUAGUGCUUAACGUUCUGCUUAACAAGCAGCUUCACUUAGCUGUUAGCUGUGGGGCUGGGGAACCUUCACAAGUCAAUCGAAAGAAUUUCCCUAAAAUUUAUUGCUUCUACUUUGCCCGGAUUGUCUAGAUCAUCUCCGUAGUACUUAAAUACUAUAGGAAAUUAUGAGUAGUUACCAAAGACUAUUUUCUGGGGCAUUCAUUCGUUUCUAACCAGUUUAUAUAAAUGGUAAAAGUUUGUCCUCAAUUAUGUAUUUCGGGAUCUGGAAUCUCUUGGGGAAAGCCUUGAAUCAGGCAUCACUGGUCAAACUUCAGACUGGGAAAUAGUAUUUUAGAACCAAAAAACUAAGGAAAAAUACAGUAAAUGUGGCUUAUUCUGGUAGGGUCAUUGGUGAGGUUUGUAGGAUAAAGUACUUUUGAAAAGCAGUUUUAUUAUUGGUUUGUGCCAUACAAAUCUUGGCCAAGACUCACAAAGGAGGCCUUCAUCGGCCGCACUGUCUUUAUGUUACGUCUUACGUAACCUAGGGUAGUAAAGUAAAGUGGAAUCCACUGCUAGCUUCUUUAAAUCCUGCAGAUUGUGUUCUAGGUCAUACCAGUGUCAACAUGAAAUGUCUCAGAAAGAGCAGAGAUUUCCAAAAAUACACUGAGCUUUCAGAGAGGACUGACUCCCUGGCUAAUAGGUACACCUGAAGUAACUCAAGUUACUCAUUUUUUUUCUAAAACUGCGUCAUACUGAUAGAUCUGGGGCCAUAUUGGGGCCUUAGGUGUCCUGCCUAACGCAGUGAUUUGGAAUUGUAGUCUCCUAGGGAGCUUGGAGGAGCACCAGAUACGUCGGGCAGGCAACUGUCCUAGAAAUGUGACGUUAUUAAUCUUCCUUAAUCCUUCCAGCAUCUUUUAACCAAUCUUCAAGUUGUGUUGGGGAGGUAAAAUGUACCUCACCACCUUAAACCUUGCCAUUGGUUCAGGUUGUAGAGUCAUUCAAAAAGCAGAUGUCAUGUCUAGCAUUGCCUUGUGAGUGUGGGGCUCUGCUCCUUUCCCAACCUGGGGCACCAUGCUUUACCCGGGCAUCCAAUCACUGCAGCUUUUUGUUUCUAGAAUGCUCCUUCCCUCUGCAGAUCUGCUUUAGAUCUCACACACUGGUUUUUACCUUAACUGGGUCAAGGUUACUGUGGCGUCACUGGAUCGUCUCUAAGAGCCCUAGUCAAGGUGGCAGUUUCAUAAUUUGUGAGUGUCUUGCUUACUAGUCUAACCACCAUGAAGGCAAAAGUUGUGUUUAUUAGAUUUCCAGUGGAAACCCUGAGGUGAAAAAAAUUGAGGGUUUAAAGAUGAGGAUAGGGUAAGAAGAGGCCGGAAGGAUUUUAUUACACCAUUUACACCUAUUUUCAGGUCAUGAUGGCAUUUCCUUCCCGAAGUCUGUAAUGUACACUAUCUUUUGUCCAUUGGGAAACCCUGGUGGCAUAGUGGUUAAGUGCUACGGCUGCUAACCAAAGGGUUGGUAGUUUGAAUGUGCCAGGUGCUCUUUGGAAACGAUGGGGCAGUUCUACUCUGUCCUAUAGGGUUGCUAUGAGUCAGAAUCGACUUGAUGGCACUGGGUUUGGUUUGGUUUGGUUUUGUUCAUUGAUACCAGCUUGUUUUCUUUAGGGUAGAGGAGCAGGGGAAGGAGUGGACAAUCAAGAACCUUGUCAGAUUUAACUCACUGAAUUAAAACUGCCGUUAGUAGGUGUGGGCCUGUCAUGCCUUAGGAACAGGAAGAGGAACGUUCAUUCAAUUCCCUGCCUUUAAAAAGCAAACUGUAGGGGGAGCAGAGCCAAGAUGGCAGAGUAGUCAAAUGCUUCCUGUGGUCCCUCUUACAAAAAAAGAUGCAGAAUAACAAGGGAAUCGAUUAUAUAUGACAAUCCAGGAGCCUUGAACAUCAAAAGCAAAGGUGAGGAAUCUGACUGAACAGCAGGGGUAGGGAGAGACGGUUCAGAAGCAACAAGGAGUUGUCAGAUCUGACUCAGCAGGAACUGGCACCCUCCAAGCUGAUUCCACUGGUGCGAGCAUGGUGAAGCGUGAGCAGUGGCAUUUGGGACGUGUUUUCCACAUCAGGAGAGAGAGCAGUGGAGAGUCCACUCACACCUCCACAAGCAGUGAAAAGCAGCACUCGGCAAAAGAUAAGUACAUGCAUCUAACCUACCACGUGGAUCUAAAAGCACUCCACUGGGACAAACCUCUCUUCCAUUUACCUGUUUCCUUCCCACUGUGCACUGGGUCUGAGCUGGUUUCAGAGAUUGCCACGUCCCCUGGGCUGGGAGUAGGACCUGUCAUGUGCCCUGAGCCAUUCUCCGGGUCUCAGAGAGGGAACAAAUUAACAAACAGGAAAAAAUAACCUGCCAGCUCUCGUAAGCGAGGAACUCAGGGCGGAAACAGCUCCUUUGCCGAGACACAGGCAUAAGGGGUCCAUGGACUUUGAAUGCCUUUCACCCUUGUAUAGACCUGUAUUACAACAGCAUACGGUCUCAGCACAGUACAACGGGGUAUAUACCAGAAGUCUAACCUUAACUGUAUCAGCUGUAUAGUGGAGAAGUAGGUUCAUGACAUUUGACACCACUCUGCCUAUUUAUUAAUAGGAGUCCUCACCUGCCCACAUCAGGGGCCUGAGGACUGUUGGUUCUGCCCAAGCCACCUAGUCACCUGCGACAGGUCCAAGAGUGAGUGGUAGCUCCCAGUCCUUAAAGCAACAGCAUUAGGCAUCCAUAGUCCAACUGCAAAACCCACUCACCUACAAGCUCUAGGAAACAGGGACACGCUUUCCUCACAGACGCUCAGGGGCGUCUGUUAGCCACCUGCCUUGCUCAGUGCAUGACCCCUACUGCAGUGAGAUACCUGUGCCUACACCAAUCACCCCUGCUCCUCUAGGACUAUAGGUUAGAGCCUGCACCACACAUUUGGUGACUGACUACCUGGACACCUGAGCUGAAUCCAUACAAGAAAAGUAAAUGGACUCUUGGGCUCACUUACCUAGUUGCAGCUCUAACCACCUGGUGACAGGAUGUUAGAGCUUCAAACGCGCCAAUAAUCAAGCUAGCUCACUCGAGCAGCCUAUUCAGGCGUAUCAGAACACAGUAAGCAAACAUAAAAUACUUACAAUAACUUAUUGAUGGUUUGGCGAUGACAGGCAGACGAUGAUGGCAUCAGCAAGCUCCCAAAACAAAGAAAAAAUCUUUGGAAUGAAGAGAACUUCCUGGAAUCACCCCAGGUAGAAUACAAAAGAUUACAGAACUCUUCAAGAGAUCAGGAAGGAGAUCAGGCAAAACACAGAACAAGCCAAGCGGCACGCAGACAAAGCAAUAGAGGAACUUAAGAAGAUUACAGAAGAGCAUAGUGACAAAUUUUACAGCCUGCAAGAAUCCAUAGAAAGCAAACGGAAAUCUAGAAGAUUAACAGUAAAAUUUCAGAAUUAAACAAUAGAAUGUCAAAGCAGAAUUAAUGCAGCGGAAGUCAGAAUUAGUGAGACUGAAUAUAAAGUACUUGACACCAACAUACUUGAGGCAGAAUCAGAUAAAAUAAUUUUUUUAAAAUGAAAGAAACCUUAAGAAUUAUGUGGGACUCUAUCAAGAGGAAUAACCUACAAGUGAUUGGAGUACCAGAAUGAGGGGGAUAAGAGAAAAUACAGAGAAAAUUGUUGAAGAUUUGUUGGCAGCAAACUUCCCUGACAGCAAGAAAGAUGAGAAGAUAUCUAUCCAAGAUGCUCAUUGAUCCACACACAAGGUAGAUCCGGAAAGAAAGCCACCAAGACAUUAUAAUCAAACUUGCCAAAACCAAAGAUAAAGAGAGAAUUUUAAGAGCCGCUAGGGAUAAACGAAGUCACCUACAAAGGAGAGUCAAUAAGACUACUCAGCAGAAACCAUGCAGGGAAGAAGGCAAUGUGAUGACAUAAAGCCUUGCAGGAAGAAAAUUGCCAGCCAAGAAUUAUAUAUCGAGCAAAACUGUCUCUCAAAUAUGAUGGCGAAAUUAGGACAUUUCCAGAUAAACAGAAAUUUAGGGAAUUUGCAAAAACCAAACCAAAAUUACAAGAAAUACUAAAGGGAGUCCCCUGGUUAGAAAAUCAAUAACAUCAGAUAACAACCCAAAACCAGAACACAGGACAAAGCAACCCGAUAUCAAUCCAGAUAGGGAAAUCAUGAAAAAGAAAUCAAAGCUAAACAUUCAAAAGAGGGAACACAGAGAUGUCAUUAUGUAAAAGAUAACAAGGUUAAAACAAAAAAGAGGGACUAAAAAAUAUAGAUCUUUCAUGUGCAGAGGAAGUCAAGAUGAUAUAAAGAAAUAAAAGAUAGGUUUAAACUUAGAAAAAUAGAGGUAAAUAUUAAGGUAACCAUGAAGGAAACACACAAUGCUACACAUCAAAAUAAAAAACAAGAAAAACAUAAAGACUCAGGAAAUACAAAAUCAACAGCAAUGAAAAAAUGAAAAGAAAACAUAUAAAGAAAAACUACUCGGCACAGAAAAUUAAGUGAAACAAAAAAACUGUCAACAACACAUAAAAAAGACAUCAAAAUGACAGCACUAAAUUCAUACCUAUCCAUAAUUACACUGAAUGUAAAUGGACUAAAUGCACCAAUAAAGAGACAGAGAGUGGCAGAAUGGAUUAAAAAAAAAAAAAAACCUGAUCCAUCUAUAUGCUGCCUACAAGAGACAACCUUAGACUUGAAGACACAAAAAAACUAAAAUGCAAAGAAUGGAAAAAAAUAUUUCAAGCAAACAAUCAAAAAAUAGCAGAAGUGGCAAUAUUAAUUUCUGACAAAAUAGACUUUAAAAUCUACAAAGGAUAAGGAAGGACACUAUAUAAUGAUUAAAGGGUCACUAUACCCAGGAAGACAUAAAAAAAAAAAAAAAAAAUUUUUUUUUUUUUAUACCCAGGAAGACAUAACCAUAAUAUUUAUAUAAAUAUUUAUGCACCCAAUGACAGGGCUCCAAAAUACAUAAACUAACAGCAUUGAAAAGAGAGAUAGCUCCACAAUAAGACAUAACCAUAAUAUUUAUAUAAAUAUUUAUGCACCCAAUGAGAGGGCUCCAAAAUACAUAAACUCUAACAGCAUUGAAAAGAGAGAUAGCUCCACAAUAAUAGUAGGAGGCUUCAACACACCACUUUUGGUGAAGGAUAGAACAUCCAGAAAGAAGCUCAGUAAAGACGCGGAAGACCUAAGUGCCACAGUUAACCAACUUGACCUCAUAGACAUAUACAGAACACUCCACCCAACAGCAGUGAAGUAUACUUUCUUCUCUAACACAUAAAGCAAGUCUUAACAGAGUCCAAAACAUUGAAAUAUCACAAAGCAUCUUUUCUAACAAUAAAGCCGUAGAAGUAGAAAUCAACAUCAGAAAAAGCAAGGGGGAAAAAAAAUCAAACACAUGGAAACUGAACACCUUGCUCAAAAACUAUUGGAUUAUAGAAGAAAUUAAGGACAGAAUAAAGAAAUUCACAGAAUCAAAUGAGAAUGAAAACAUCCUACCAGAAUCAUUGGGACACAGCAAAAGCAAUGCUCAGAGGUCAAUUUAUAGCAAUAAAUGCACACAUCCAAAAAGAAGAAAGGGCCAAAAUCAAAGAAUUAUCCCCGCAACUCAAACAAAUAGAAAGAGAGCAGCAAAAGAAAUCCUUAGGUCCCAGAAGAAAACAAAAUUAGAGCAGAAUUGAAGGAAAUAGAGAAGAGAAAAAUAAUUGAAAGAGUUAACAAGACCAAAAACUGGUUCUUUGAAAAGAUCAACAAAAUCAAUAAACCAGCGGCCAAACUGACAAAAGAAAAACAGGAGAGGAAGCAAGUAACCUGAAUAAGAAACGACAUGGGUGAUAUCACAACAGAUCCAACUGAAAUGAAAAGAAUCAUAACAAUAUUAUGAAAAAUUGUACUCUAACAAAUUUGAAGACUUAGAAGAAAUGGACAAAUUUUUAGAAACUCACUACAUACCUAAAUUAACACAAACAGGUUGAACAACUAAAUAAACCCAUAACAAAAGAAAAGUUUGAAAAGGUGAUUUAAAAACUCCAAACAAGAAAAAGCCCUGGCCCUGAUGGCUUCACUGGAGAAUUCUACCAACCUUUCAGAGAAGAGUUAAUACCACUACUACUAAAGGUAUUUAAGAACAUAGAAAAAGAUGGAAUACUCCCAAAUUCAUUCUAUGAAGCCAGCAUAACCCUGAUACCAAAACCAGGUAAAGACACCAAAAAAAAAAAAGAAAAUUA